AUGGACGUCGCUGCCAAGCCCCACAUCCCCCCCGCCAUGGCUCUGUAUGCCGAGAAGCACGGCGUCUUCCAGCUGAUGCAAAGCAUGGUGGAGGCCCUGCUCAUCCACCAGCCCGAGGACCCCGUCUCCUUCAUGAUAGACCACCUGAAGCAGGACAGCGACCACGUGCCCAGGGUGUUCGUGCUGGGCCCCCCGGCUGCCGGGAAAACCACCAUUGCCAUGUGGCUCUGCAAGCACCUCAACGCCUCGUACCUCAGCCAGCAGAAGCUGCUGUCCAACAAGACGCUGGUGCUGGCCAAGGAGGCGCAGAGCUACCAGCAGCGGCAGGAGCAGAUCCCCGACGAGCUCUGGGUCGACCUGCUCCAGGACCGCCUCUCGGACAUGGACUGCAUCAGGGAGGGCUGGGUCCUGGACGGCUUCCCCCAGACCCGCGAGCAGGCCUUGCUGCUACAGACCUCCGGCAUCGUGCCGCGGCACGUGGUGGCGCUUUACGCGCCGGACACCGUGCUGGUGGAGAGGAACCUAGGCAAGCGCCUGGACCCCGUCAGCACGGAGGUGUACCAUACCACCUUUGACUGGCCGACCGACCCCACGGUGGCGCAGCGCCUGGUGCAGCCCGACGGCUGCUCGGAGCAGGCCACAGCCAAGCGGUUGCUGGAGUAUCACCGCAACAUCCAGGGCAUCUUCCAGUCCUACCGGGGGAACCUGCGGACCGUCAACGCCGACCAGCCCUGCGCCGACGUCUUCUCCCAGGUGCUGACGUUCGUGGAGAGCCAGCCCCGCUCGGCCGCCCCCUUCACCCCCCGGGUCCUGCUCUGCGGGCCCCCUGGCAGCGGGAAGAGCCUGCAGGCUGCCCUGCUGGCCCAGAAAUACGGCCUGGUCAACGUGGGCUGCGGGCAGCUGCUGAAGGAGGCCGUGGCGGAGAAGUCGAAGAUCGGGGAGCUCAUCAAGCCGUAUUUCGAGAGCGGCUGCCCGGUGGCAGAUAACCUGGUGCUGAAGGUGCUGCGGGAGCGGCUGGGCAAGCUGGACUGCGCGUCCUUCGGCUGGGUGCUGCACGGCUUCCCGCGCGACGCGGACCAGGCCGAGCUGCUGAGGAACACCGGCUUCGUCCCCAACCGGGUCUUCUUCCUCACCCUGCCGGUGGAGGCCAUCCUGGAGCGGGUCUCUCAGCGGGCCACGGACCCCGUCACGGGCGAGCGCUACCACCACCUGUACAAGCCGGCCCCGAGCCUGGAGCUGCGCCGGCGCCUGCGGCAGAACCCCCAGGACGCGGCGGAGAAGCUGGAGCUGCGGGUGGAUCUGUACAGCCGGCACGUGGCGGACUUGGAGGAGUUCUACGAGGAUGCCGUCUACGUCAAUGCCGACCAAGACCCCUACACUGUCUUCGAGUCCAUAGAGAGCUGCGUCACUCGGCCCCUGCCCCUCUGCACCGUCUAG